UUGUACUACGUAUAUCCAUUUAUGAUGUGAAUUAUGAAUUACCUUUGCCUUUACCUUUAAAUACCUUUCGCAUGAAGGCAGGAGGGAAAACAGCCCGUGACAGGGUGAGUGAUGACCGUCAUGAUCCUUUUUGCCCAUGAAGGGCAGUGUUGUUGGGCCAGAUCCCCAGCUGGUGGAUGUGAGACCUCGAUAAUCUUGUCAGUGCCAUUCUGUCUGAGACGCUGCUACUCUCAUGCUGUAGACGAAUGCAGCACUCUCUGCGGUGCCUCUGUAGAAGGUGGUGAAGGCAAUGGGUUGGGAAGAGUCCUUUUCAACCUCUGUAGGAAGUGCAGGUGCUGGUGAGCUUUGACACUGGAGGAGGUGUGCCGGGUCCAGGUCAGGUUGUCGGUCACAUCUUGUGCUGCUCAAUCUCCACAACAACAAUUUGAGAAGUAGCAGCAGAAUUUCUUUUCUAAUAGGUAGUUUGAUUGAAUAAUGGUCUAAAGCUGCAGUCUCCUCAUUGUUCAUUGUCAGUGAUAAUUAACAAAAGUGCCAUCACCUGUUAACACAGAGGCUGGACUCCCCUGAGGAGGUUUUGCUGCACAGAUGGCUUCCAGGUUUGUCCAAAGAAAAGAUGACAGACACAAGGAGUACUCAGACUCCCAUCUGUUUAGGGAUCCCAGUCUCAACCCUUUAAAUGCACUCCCCCACAGUGCCUCCUGGUGGGCUGAUAGGGAGGAACAAGGAGACUCACUGAGGGAGCAGCUAAAAGAGAUGGACGAGCAUGUGGCCAGGCUUCAGGACAUGCUGAGAUGUGAGCGGGUCAAAUGUGGCCAUCUGCAGCUGCAAUGUAACCAGCAGGAAGCGGAGCUGCGACGGCGAGAGCUGCAGACCAACAGACUGAAGGAGCGACUGUCACAGAUGACUGACAGACACAGAGAGAAAGGACCAGCCAUAGAGGUGCUGAACUUUCCACCUGGAAGCAGGGGCAAAAAAGAACAGCCAAUUAAAUCAUUCAGAUCUACUGCAAAAGGAGAAGAGGCAGCACUGCGUCUGAUGCUGGAGCGAAGAGAAGCAGAGCUCAGAGAGGCGAUGAAGCUGCGUCACAGCCUCACCACUUUACUUCAUGCACUCAGAGUCGACAUGGAGCAGACCCUGUCAGAGUCAGUGGAUAUGGCCCAGGAUGGAGAUAAAAGGUUGGAUCAAGCUGAGGAAGCACUUGGAGAACAUGUGACAGGCGGGGUUGUUCAGAGUUGGAGGAAAGUGCAGAGGCUACUACAGGGCAUCAUGUUUGAAGGUCAGACUGCUGCUGGUACUGACCAAGAAAAGCUUCUGGCUCAGCUGGAAGCUGAACUGAAAGAGAGUCAACAUCUUGUCAGAUUACAGCAGCAAAUGCUGCAGGAUACCCUUGCUUCACCCAUCCCCUCCGAACUUACUGAUAGCUACUUUUUAGAAGAGUGGGAACGUCUUCAGAUGCGCUGGGCAGAGCUCCAUCAUAUGAGGAGGACUUUUGAAAGAGAACGUCAGUCCUUCACUGAUGCUGCCAUUCGACUGAGCCGCGAGCGCUGUGAUUUUGAGCAACAGAGAGCCUCUCUUCUCAAGCAGCAAUAUCUGUGUGACUCACCUCUGUUUAACAAAGGAGCGCCCAACAACAACAGAAGAGAGAGCACUGCUCUCAGUCUGUCAGGUUUGGGACCCACCAACAUAUCUGGCUGUCUUCCCCUUACUCCAUCAUCCUCAGAGUCAGGGACCGCCGCCAUUGCUGGAUUACAUCAGGGAAGAGGCAGAGUCCAAACCCCUAGCACUCCUGAGCUCUACUCUGCUCUCAAUCUAUCCUACAACUGCAGAUCCAGAGAUGUUGAUCAGCACUCAGAAACAUGGGACGCUGGAGCAGGCAGGAUUGGGCACACACCCCGUGCUCCACAUUUAGAUUGGUCAUUUUAAUGCAAUUUUAUUCAACAGUAAACUCAAUUUCCCUUUUUUAAAAUUGAUAAUAAAGACUGAAUUUUAUUUAA